UCCAAACAUUAGCAGCACCAUAGAGUUACAUUGACUUGGCUGCUAUUUUCCAAACUUCACGGCUCUGGUGUUUCUGUGGCCAUUUUACAGUUGGAGCCUCGAGAAAAACACCCUUCGCCUGGGCUUCAGCGUGAUAUUUAAAGAACAAUUGUUGAUUGCAAGUGACGUUGGGCAUCUAAUGCUGUAAACAAAUAGAAAGGAUCCGAGACUUGGAGGAGAGUCCGUGGAUCGGCAUGGACUAUGAGCGGAGCAGGGGUGGGCGAGGUGACCGUAUAGGUCGCUAUGGCAACACCUAUAAUGAUAACACCUUUCGCGAUAUGGACUACCGAGGUUAUGGCCAAGAGGAUGAGGAGGCAGGAGCGGGAUUUGAAGUCAGAACGGAGGGGGACGGACCAUAUGGCCAUGACAAGCAGUUACUGGGUGUCCAUGACUUCUCACCAGGUCGUCUCCAAGACCAUCUGGGGUUCCACCACAGAGGAGAUGGGCGAGGGGAAAUUGGGCAGGAGGAGAAAGGGCCUCUGUGGACCCCUAGAUCUCAGACACAGCCUGAUCUAAAUAUUUCCAAACUCCAGAGAGAGGAGGAGGGAGCCAGGCGGGAGUUUGAGCAAUUGCGGACUAGCCCACAUGAAAGGGGUCGAGGGAAAGGUGGAAGAGGCUUCCCUGAGGAUCGUAUCCCUCAUUCAGGGAAUAGAGAGAGAAACUGGAGUCGUGGUGGUGUUCAUUUGGAACAGACCGAUUUCACUACGACAAGAGAGGAGGACAGGUUCUCUCGUGGGGCGGUGAAGAGGAGGCCUUUUCCAGUGGGUUCAGAGGAGCAUGCUUGUGGGAGUGUUGGUCCAGACCUAUCCCUUGAGGAGCUGGAUCAGAGGGACCAGGACUACCGUGCAGAUUUAGACCACAAUCAGAGGCCCAGUAACAUCAUCAUGCUUCGCAUGCUGCCACUUAAUGCCACAGCCAAUGAGAUUCGGGCACAACUUCAGGAGCAGGGGAUCCAGCCAAGAGAGGUUCGCCUUAUGAGGAACAAAUCUUCAGGUCAGAGCCGAGGAUUCGCCUUCGUCGAGUUUAAUGUCAUACAGGAGGCCACCCGCUGGAUGGAGACCAACCAGGGAGUGCUGUUGAUUCUGGGACAGAGGGUGUCAAUGCACUACAGCGACCCAAAACCACGUGCCAACGAGGACUGGCUCUGCAACAAGUGUGGUGUGCAAAACUUUAAAAGGAGAGAGAAGUGCUUCAAAUGCAGCAUACCUAAAUCAGAGGCUGAGCUGAAGUUGCCCCAGUUGCAGAGGGAUUUGCCCAUUGGUCUUCAAACAGAGGGAGCCCAGGGCUUACUGCCUUUGCCUGUGCCCUACCAUUCUUCUGGUCCUCCUGUCACCCCAGGACAAACUACACAGCAGGCAGAUGUCGCCAAUGACACUCUGAUACUUAGAAACCUUGGCCCCCAUACUUCAGUGGAAGCCAUCUUAUCUGCUUUGGCUCCAUUUGCCACACUCUCCCCUUCCAACAUUCGCCUAAUCAAGGACAAGCACACACAUCUCAACAGGGGUUUUGCAUUUCUACAACUUUCUACCAUAGUGGAGGCGUCUCAGCUGCUUCAGAUCUUGCAGGCUCUCCAGCCAGCUCUCUCAAUUGAUGGCAAGUCUAUCGUAGUGGAGUUUGCCAAAGGCUCCAAACGUGAUGUGUUCCUGACGGAUGGUAGCAGAGUGAGUGCUGCUACUGUAGCCAGCACAGCUAUAGCUGCUGCACAGUGGGCUGUCACACAGACUGCUCAGAAUGGAUCUGGUGGAGGUCAGAGUGUAGAUACAGCAGUGUAUCAGCAGGGGACAGCAGUAACAUACAAUCAGGAAGGAAGUGAAUACUCUGGGCCAGACAGCACAAAUUUUAAGGCCCAGGCAGAUGCUAGAGUUGCUGUUUUACCCAGUGCAGGAGCAGCCCUGAUGGGGGUAUACAAAGUAGGAGCUGCCCCAGUUGCAAUUUCAUCAGAGGCAGUGAAAUCUGCCUCAGCGGUUGUGCAGCAGCCUCUCGCUCAUACACAGACAGCUGUCAUCACUACAGCUGUGACCACACCAGUCACACAGAUUGAGAUAGUGGGAAAACCACAGCCAGCUACCCCCAGCCAACCUGCUACCCCAGGCACUGAACAUGAGCUUCAGCAAUACCCUGUUCCAGAUGUGUCCACAUACCAGUAUGAUGAAAGCUCUGGCUACUACUACGACCCACUCACGGGACUCUACUAUGACCCAAACUCCCAGUACUACUACAACCCUCACACUCAGCAGUACAUGUACUGGGAUGGAGAGAAACAUACCUACAUUACUGCUGCUGCCAGCCAGUGUAACACUGAAGGUGCUCCCACAAGUGAUGGUACAGGCCCUUCAGACUCACUGUUUGCUACCCCUGGCAGCAAGGAGAAAAAAGACAAACCCAAAAGUAAAACUGCUCAACAGAUUGCCAAAGAUAUGGAACGCUGGGCUAAGAGUCUCAAUAGACAGAAAGAGAACAUGCGUUCUGGCUCCUCUUCCUCUGCCAUUGGCUCUUCAGCACUGCCCCCUGGUUACACUAGGGCACCUGGCCACAGUCACCUAGAUGAUCGCCGCGAAUCUGCUAGUGCUGAUGCAGGCUAUGCUGUUCUGGAGAAAAAGGGGGCACUGUCUGAACGGCCACAGACUUUUCUGGAUCAGAUCCGACAAAGCUCAGAACAUUCCCCUCCUCCACAGCAGGGUCUGGUCCCAGCCUACAGUGGAGAAACUGACAGUGAAGAAGAAGGAGGCGAGAAAGAUGAGAAGGAGGGGAGAAUGACAGACUGGGUGAAACUGGCCUGUCUGCUGUGCAGGCGACAGUUUCCCAGCAAGGAGGCUCUCAUCAGGCACCAGCAGCUCUCUGAGCUUCAUAAGCAAAAUUUGGAACAGAGAAGAACCCAGCAGGAAGCUCUAGGAAAAGAGAGACUUGCAGAUGGCCCCGAAGUUCCUGAUUCCAAAAAGAGGAAGUUUAGCCCUGUUGGUGGGAUCACAGGCAUGAGUCUUGGUGCCAGGAUGCUGCAGGGAGGUGUGAAAAAAGGACUUCUGCUCCGCAAUAUGCAAAUGGAGUGAGCCUUCUCUCUGAUACCCCAAAUUCCUGAUCCAGACAAGACAACGCCCAGUACACAGCACAUCACCAUUACCAUAAUAUGGAUGUCUAUAGAUAAACCUCUUAAUUUUGGUUUGACAUUACAAUUACCUCAACAGUGGUAAUACACUUCUAUGAACUCAUCCUGUAGCAAUGGACGUCAGGAUAUUGCACAGAAUGCGCCUUUUUUUUUUUGCUUUGUUCCCGAAUGAUGCAGUUUUGAGUUCUCUUCUUUUACAGCUUGUGUGUGGGAACCAUUUGCUAUUGUAAAAUGAAAGAUCAGUAGGUCUUUGUGGUAUUUUCUAAUAUUAAUGUCUAUGCACCAUAGAUUUUUUUUUUUAAAUGUAAAGCUAUAUGCCUUGUCAUUCAGUGAAUGAAUUCGAGGCAUGAACUGUGUAUACAUUUUAGAAGCGUUUUUUUUAUACUGCAGUGGGAGCUAGGAGACUGGCCCAAUGAUAUGGACAGGGCCAC